AUGGGGUGCUGGGGGACCGGCUGCCUGGCAGCGCUGGCUGUGCUCUGCGGUGCUCUCGGGGAUGCUCCCAGCGGAGGCAUCAAAUGUGGAGGGGUGCUCUCAGCACCCGCUGGCAACUUCUCCAGCCCCAACUUCCCAGGGCUGUACCCCUACGAGACGGAGUGCAUGUGGCUGAUUGUGGUGGCCGAGGGCUCCUCCGUCCUGCUCUCCUUCAGCCACUUUGAGCUGGAGUACCACGACACCUGUGCCUACGACUACCUCCAGGUCUACAAUGGGGCUGCCCGGGACCGAGGCAACCUCCUGGGCACCUUCUGUGGCCACAGCCCUCCGCCGCCCUUCUCCUCCGCCUGGCACGUCAUGGCCGUCGUCUUCCGCUCUGACCGCCACGUGGCCAAGCAUGGUUUUGCUGCUGCCUACCGGAAAGAUGCCUGCGGCGGGCAGCUGACAGGGCUGUCUGGGGAGAUCACCAGCCCCCGCUACCCUGAGAGCUACCCCAACGACGCCGAGUGCCACUGGAGGAUCGGGAGGCCCAGCGCUGGCCCCCUCACCCUGGUGUUCACUGACUUCCAGGUGGAGGGGGGCCAGGGCUGCAGUUUUGACUAUGUGGCCCUCUUCGAUGGCCCCACUGCCGCCGCCCCCCACCUGGGACGCUACUGUGGCAGAAGCUGGCCGCCCCGCACCGUCUCCUCCACCCCACACCUCCUUGUCCUCUUCAAGUCAGACUUCAACAUCGGUGGCAGGGGCUUCAAGGCUCAUUUCUACUCGGGCGAGUGCCAGGAGGUGUUCACCACCAUCAAAGGGAAUUUCUCCAGCCCUCAAUACCCCAACUUCUACCCCAACAACCUCAGGUGCCAAUGGAGCAUCCAGCUGCCCCCGGGCUACCGGAUCAAGGUCUUCUUCUUGGACAUGGAGCUGGAGGGCCGGAGCAGCCUGACAGGCAGCUGUGACUAUGACCACCUGGCUGCCUUCGAGGGUGGCAGCGAGAACGGGUCCCUGGUGGGGCAGUGGUGUGGGCGGGACAGCCUGGCCCCCCUCACCUCCCGCAGCAACCAGCUGCUGCUGGUCCUCCACACCGACCGCAACACAGCCAAGAGAGGCUUCUCCAUUGCUUACGCGGGAGUUUUGCCCAUGAACGUCAGCUGCACCCGGACAGACUUCCACAUCCAGAUCCCUGUGCAGGCCCUGGCCCAGCUGGAGAGGAGCAGGAUUUAUCUGGGGAACCCCUCCUGUGCAGCCCAGGUGGUAGGUGGGAACUUCAAGAUACACGCCAGGUUCAACACCUGCGGCACUGAAUCCCAGAAGCGCAACAACACAGCUGUCAUUGUCAGCACCCUCUACGUGGAUUUCUCGGUGGGCGACCGGGAGGACAUCCACCAGUACGAGCUGCAGUGUGAGCCCAAGAGGAAGGAAGCCUCUGCGACCCUCAUCACCGGCCCAGACCCAGCCAGGCUCAGCCACGCGGAAAACCUGCUGGAUGUCUCGCAGCAGGAGGGGGAAGUGACAGUCACCCAGGACAUCAAGAGCCAGGACACCAGUGACAUCAUCUUCAUCAGCAUCUGUAUCCUGGCUGGGCUCCUCAUGGUGAUUGCUGUGGUGGGACUGGUGCUUCUGUAG